AGCUGCUGCUGCUAGCUGCACCACCUUUCUCCGUGAGAUAGAGAGUCAGAAAGAGAGCUUAUAAAAGGGAAGCUGCAUGAGCUGAGGCUGGCAGCUAGAUAGUUUAUCAGAACGGAGAGAGAUUAUUAUAUGUCUACCGGAGUACUCGCUUGUGAACCUUGUUUAUUAGCUAGCUGCCCGGUUAAAUUAUUUGUGCUAUCAGAGAGAGAUGGGUGACGAUGUGCUGGGCAGAGGGAGCCGACGAGAUCAGGAGAUCGUCCUCGUCGACAUCGUCGACGAUGACGAUCACGACGACGUGCCGGCGGUGCGGCGGCAGGACUCCCUGUACGUCGACGCGACGAGAGCCGGCGGAGCAAACCACCGUGGAGGCCAGGAGGAGAGCUGGGCGAGGACGUUGAAGCUAGCGUUCCAGUGCGUGGGAAUACUGUACGGGGACAUCGGGACAUCGCCGCUGUUCGUGUACUCGAGCACGUUCAAGGACGGCGUCCGCCACCCGGAUGACCUGCUCGGCGCCCUCUCCCUCAUCAUCUACAGCUUCGCCCUCUUCACCAUCGUCAAGUACGUCUUCAUCGCCCUCCGCGCCAACGACGACGGCGACGGUGGAACGUUUGCACUGUACACGCUGAUUUCUCGGCAUGCGAAGGUGAGCUUGAUCCCGAACCAGCAGGCGGAAGACGAGCUCAUUUCCAAGUACAACACCGGGAAGCCGCAGGCAACGCUGAGGAGAGCUCGGUGGAUGAAGGAGCUUCUCGAGACCAACAGAGCCGUCAAGAUUUGGCUCUUCCUUCUCACCAUCCUAGCCACCGCCAUGGUCAUCAGCGAUGCCGUCCUUACACCGGCCAUUUCAGUUCUGUCUGCGGUUGGUGGGCUGAAAGAGAAAGCACCGAACCUGACAACAGAUGAAAUCGUGUGGAUCACAGUGGCGACUUUGGUAGUCCUGUUUGCAAUCCAACGGUUCGGCACAGAUAAAAUUGGCUACCUGUUUGCGCCGAUCAUACUCCUGUGGUUGCUCCUCAUUGGGUGUGUUGGGAUCUACAACACCAUUAAGUUUGACACCGGCGUGUUGAGGGCGUUCAACCUGAAAUACAUUAUCGACUACUUCCGAAGGAACAAGAAGGAUGGAUGGAUCUCUCUUAGUGGCAUACUCCUCUGCUUCACAGGUACAGAAGCUCUGUUUUCAGAUCUAGGAUAUUUCAGCAUUAGAUCAAUACAGCUAAGCUUCAGCUUUGGUCUAGUCCCUUCAGUGUUGCUUGCUUACAUUGGGCAAGCAGCAUACUUGAGAGAACAUCCAGAGCAUAUAGCCAACACUUUCUACAGAUCAACUCCAAACGUGAUGUUCUGGCCCACGUUCAUCCUGGCAGUUGCUGCAUCCAUUAUUGGAAGCCAAGCCAUGAUAUCCUGCGCAUUUGCAACCAUUUCGCAUUUGCAGACACUCAACUGCUUCCCCAGAGUUAAGAUACUCCACACAUCAAGGCAAUAUUCAGGACAACUGUACAUUCCAGAAGUGAACUUCUUGCUUUGUGUGGGUGCUUGCCUUGUAACAAUUGGUUUCAAGACAACCGUGAUUAUUGGAGAAGCUCACGCAAUAUGUGUGGUCUUUGUGAUGAUCAUCACAACCCUCCUAUUGACAAUAGUGAUGCUCCUAGUAUGGAAGGUCAGCAUCUGGUACGUUGCACUAUUCUUCAUCGUCUUCAUGUCAUCGGAGUCGAUCUACUUAUCGGCGGUCCUAUACCAAUUUGUGCAUGGCGAGUAUGUACCUGUGGCCAUGUCAGUUUUCCUGAUGAUUGUGAUGACUGUCUGGCACUAUGUUCAUGUCAAGAGAUAUGAAUUUGAGCUUGAGCACACUGUGCCCCGUGACAAGGUGAAGGAGCUCUUGGAGCGCCGUGACAUACAGAGGGUUCCCGGGGUAGGGCUCUUCUACACCGAUCUUGUGCAAGGCAUACCCCCGGUGUUCCCUCACCUCAUUGAGAAGAUCCCUUCCAUCCACUCUGUGCUCAUCUUUGUCUCUAUCAAGCACUUGCCGAUUCCGUCGGUCGAUAGGUCCGAGCGAUUCAUCUUUCGACAUGUCGACAAAGAAGAGUACAAGGUGUUCCAAUGCGUGGCGCGGUACGGUUAUCGAGACCCCAUGGAGGAGGCCAAGGACUUUGUUGAUGCACUUACUGAGAACCUCCAGUACUACAUAAGGGAUGUUAACUUCUACACUACAGGCGGUGAUCAACAUAUAUUCAGGAGUACCAGCUAUGCCAGUUCCAUUGCUGAAAGUUUUGCCAGCUAUGAGAAACACUCUGGGCAUGCAGUCUAUGCAGAGGAGAUGCUUACACCAGCCGAAUCCUUCUCUGAGCAUACAAAGCAACUUAGUGGCAGAAGCAAGCAUUUUAAACAAUUUCAGGUAGAGAAUAUGAACAUGCAAAAGAUGGAGAAGGUACAACAGGAGCAGCAGGCUAUCCUCAGAGAGAUGGAGAAUGGUGUUGUGUACAUACUUGGAGAGAGUGACAUAGUGGCAAGCCCUCACUCCUCGCUUCUUAACAAGAUCAUUGUCAAUUACAUCUAUUCUUUCCUUAGAAAAAACUGUAGAAAUGGCGAGAAGAUGUUGUCUAUUCCUCGCAGCCAAGUACUAAAGGUUGGAAUCGCAUAUGAGAUAUAAGCAUAUGGGUAAUUUUAUCAUUCUUGAGAAAGUAUUUAGAGUUACCAUAUUUUUCAGUGUAAAAUUUAGUACUCCAGGUACUAGGUACCUCGAGGUACCAAUUUUAAUGUAAAUUUGGUACCUCUAGGUACUUUCUGGAGAACUGUAAAAUUUCUGUAAGCACAUGUAUAAGACACAGAUGGUAGUUGAUAUUUCUCACAUAAUAAUUUUCUAAUGGAUGUUUUAAUGUUCAUGUGAAUAGAGGAGAAUGAUUGAUUGUAGUUU